AUGAGCUCCUCCGACAGUGAAGUUGAAGCGGCGAACGAAGGAAGCUCCGACGGCAACGGCAAUGCUAAAGCUUUCUUUGAUGUCUACGGUCCAGAGGCGAGGGCAGAGAUUGUUUUUAAGCAGCCAGAAGCAAACUCGACUUUGAAUUUGCAUGAUGUCCAAGGGCUCGCUACCUGGGUGCUUGCAGAAGGUUAUAUGCCGUCAUGGGUGUUUAUUAAAAACAAGCCAUUGAUUCCCAAAGUUGUCAUGCUUUAUAUCCCUGGUCUGGAUGCUGCGCUGUAUUUGUCACAGUCUAAGCUGUUAAAAGGUUUUAAAGACUGCUGUGGUGUCCCUAGGGCCGUAUUAGCUCUCAGCUGCGUAUCAGAUGGAAUGCAGACUGUAGAUGCUCUUCUUACUUGCAAAGUAAAAAGAAAAAGGGAUGAAGCAGAACUUAUUCAAAAGAAAGCUGCUCAGACAGCUUAUCGAGGUAUUGCAUCUGGUGCAGAUGUAUUGAAAAAUUUGCCAUUCCCAAUGACCUACUAUACUCUGACCGCUAAGGAAUUGGAAGACAAUGGAUAUUGUUGUAAUAAUCCAGAAUUUCGUUCAACACUUCCUGCACCUUCUGGUACUCCAGUUCAUGAGAUUUUGGCACUGGACUGUGAGAUGUGCAUUACAGGUAAAGGGUUUGAGCUUACAAGAAUUACACUUGUGGAUAUUGCCGGACAGGUAUUGUUGGAUAAACUUGUUAAACCAGCAAACGCUAUCACCGACUACAACACAAGAUAUAGCGGGAUUACACACGUGAUGCUGGAAGGGGUGACCACAACUCUUGAAGAUGUUCAAGAAGAUUUUCUUCAGCUAGUUCACAAAGAGACCAUCCUCGUUGGACAUUCAUUAGAAAAUGAUUUGCUUGCCUUAAAGAUUUGUCAUGAUUUGGUGAUUGAUACCGCCGUAUUGUAUAAGCACCCUCAUGGUAAAUCUUAUAAAACAGCUUUACGUGUGUUGACGAGAAGAUUUCUUUUGAGAGAGAUACAAGGCUCUGGAAAUGGACACGAUAGUGUUGAAGAUGCAAGAGCUACAAUGGAGCUUGCUCUGCUAAAAAUAAAAAACGGUCCUGCUUUCGGUUUGCCAUCGACGUUUAUAAGGAAGAAACUUUUGACUUUGUUAAGUGAAUCUGGAAAAACGUCAUCUUUAAUCGAUAAUAUUUCUAUAGUGAAGCGAUAUGCCUCCGAAUUGUCAAAUUCAAUUCCAGUUUCGUCGGAUGAUGAAGCUCUUUUGAAAGCGAAAAAGGAGGCCAAAAAUGAGAGGGUGCAUUUUGUUUGGACCCAGUUCACGGAAUUAUAUUCUUAUUUCAUGAAACAAGCAAACAAUGAGGAUAAUUUAAACGUGAAAUUAGCAGAGAUGAUCUCGUUGCUUACGUGUAACAAUUCUACAAGUAGAAAAAAGAUUGCUUACAACAUCACAUCAGAACUGAAAGACAUUCUUAGUCGGGUGGACAAAAGAGUCAAGAGCCUGCAUUCGAGUCUACCGUGCAAUUCCAUGCUCGUGAUCUGCACGGGCCAUGGAGACACCGCAAUCGUACAAAAAUUACGGAAAAUGCUUUCGGAGCAAAGGGAAACUGCAGUUAGCCGGGAGAAGAUAGUGAAAGUGCUGGAAGAGUUGCAGGCUCAAGCUGAAGUUGGCUUGUGUUUUGUUGGCAUCAAACACUAA